GCUUCAAAUCAACCACCUAACCUCUAUAACUCCGUGACAUAACCUAACGAAUCUGUUUCUUGUUGUUUACAAUUCUUUCCUCUCGGAAAUUAAAUAAAAUUGAGAUACAAACUCGCCUACUUUCAACAGAAUGUCUUUGUUUGCGAGGAGAAUAUUUUCCAAACUUUCGAGGGAUUGGAAAUGUUCACGGCCUGUCGUUUGUAAUUCCUAUCUUCGCCGAUGUCAAUUAUCGACUCAGACGCAAUCAAAUGUGGAAGAAGCCGAAAAUCCAGUGGGCAAAACGUUAAAUCCGCUGAUACAUCCAGACUUCUUUCAAGUUCACAAACUGUUCACCGUGAAGGACCUGUACGAUGCGAGGGUACAUUAUGGCCACAAGGAUACAUCAUUGAACGAGCACAUGGAGACGUUUAUAUUCGGAUCUCGACUAGGACACUUAAUAAUCGAUUUGGAUCAAACUGCUGAAUUACUCAGGCAAGCAUUGAACUUCAUCGCUCACAUCGCCUUCAGAGGCGGUAUAAUUCUGUUCAUCUCGCGAAAUCCCCAGACCACGUAUAUAGUGGACAAAACGGCCAAGGAGUGUCAGGAGUUUUCGCACACGAGAUUCUGGCGACUAGGACUGUUUCCGAAUUCGGAGAACCAGUUUAGGGCCAUGACGCGGCUGCCGGAUCUUUGUAUCUUUCUCAAUACCCUCGACACCGUCUUGGCUGAACAUCCGGCUGUUAGACAUGCGGCGAAGAUGUGCAUACCCAGCGUCGGCGUAGUCGACACGAAUUGCAAUCCGAAUCUUAUAACGUACCCCGUUCCCGGAAAUGACGACUCUCCCUGCGCCAUAGAGCUCUAUUGUUCGUUAUUCAAGGAAGCUAUCCUCAGAGGAAAGAAAGCUAGAGAAACAAUGACAAAGUUGAAAAAGUCGACGUAGUCUAGUAAUUAAUUGUGUACAAAAAACAGCAGAUCGGAAUGCAUUUCUUUUGCUAAUUAUAAGAAUAUAUAUUAUCGUUAAUAAUACAUCAUAAAAAAUAAACAUAUAAUAAAAUCGCAAAAUUUAUUCACUUAUUUAUACAUAUUCUAGCAUAUAUUCUUAUAUGAUAUCACAUGUUAAAGGACCUUUGGUUAAAAAAACAGUACAAUAAUAUCAAAUUAUUAUCGUUCGUCGAUGAUAAUAAGAGUCAAUUUUGUUUGGAAACCUGAGCAUCUCGUACUUUCAUUAGAUAUUUUGUGCCCAGAGACUUCAUAAACCUAUGUAAAAACACAAAACCAAUAAGUAACGCAAUGAUAUUAAAAUCGAUCAAAAAAUUCAUUCGGUUUCGUUUUUCUAAUUCUAAUUUUGUAAGUUUACUUUAAGUAAGCUUUAAUUGCAAUGAAGAGAAUUUAUAAUUAUAUAUUCUAGAUAUUUGCGUAUUCGACUCUCUUCAAAUGCUUUAUACAUCAAAAUUAGAUAAAAAAUAAAAUUUAAUUGUAAGCUAAAUUUUGAUGACCGAAUGAAUUUAUUGUAAUUAUGUGACAUGCAGGAAUUAAAUAAGAGAUUAAUCUAUAUACCAUUUUGCAAAAUUCGGGAAACAAUAAAAUAUGUAAACCAAUCGCAAGGCCGUCGGUUUAGCGAUCCAUACUUCGUCCAGCUUAUUUGCAAUUGCUACACCCAUUAAAAUUGCACAACGUUCCACGCUUACUUUAGACUUAUUGUCUACUUCCGUUUUUACUCCGUAUUUCUAAAUAAAUCAAAAUUUAUUAGCAUUUAUUUAUAGUAGUUGGAUGUGUAUGUGUGUGUGUAUGUAAAUUUUGUAAUUAAUUAACACAGGAAUUCGUGAGAGUCGAAUGUUGCUUCGUUAAAAUAUAGUUUCACAAGAACACAAAAUAAAAUUGUGAAUUUUAUGUAAUUAUUUUUUAUGCAGUUGCGCCGUCGUAAUAUAAAUUUCAUGCAAAAUA